UGAAGUGAGGAGCGGAUCUGAGGGAGGUUAUAAGCUGUCAAAACCCCGACUGCGUCCUCUCAGGAGACUGCUCCGGCCGGGGAAUCUGGGCGUCGGGGUUUCCUCAGUCUUAGCCGAUCUUUCUCCAAAGCCUCAUGGAGCCAGACAGGGGAGGGACGGAGAUUUCUGCCAAGAAGGGCAGAAAGAGGAGGCGGGCCCCGAACAGGCUGGUCGAGGCGCCCAAGGCGUUGGGAGCCGGUUGGGAUCUGGAGGAGAGGCCGCCUGACGCGAAGAGAGCUCGCUUAUCUACCAUUUUAUUUGCUGAAAACUGUGAAGUAACCCACAGCCAGCUAUGUGAAUUGCUGAAGUAUGCAGUUCUAGGCAAAUCGACUGUUCCUAAACCCAGCUGGUGCCAGCUUUUUCACCAAAACCACCUGAACAAUGUGGUGGUUUUUGUUCUGCAGGGAAUGAGUCAGCUGCACUUUUACAAGUUCUAUUUGGAGUUCGGAUUUCUCCGAAGGGCAUUCAGACACAAAUUCCGCUUGCCUCCUCCAUCAUCUGAUUUUCUAGCCGAUAUCAUUGGACUACAAAAGAAACAAACAAGUGGGGAUCUUCCCCGGACAAUGGAAGGGUCUUCACCUUUUGCCAGUGUAAGAGCCAGCAUCAACCUUCAGAAUGACCCCAUCAUUCAAAAGUUUGGCUUUAAUAGAGUGGGCUUGACCAGAUGUCUUCUGACAAAGGAAGAAAUGAAAACAUUUCACUUUCCAUUACAAGGUUUUUCUGACUGUGAAAACUUUGUACCUACCAAGUGUAGUGGUUCUGUAAUGGACAACAGCCCUCUCUUUGGGCUUGACUGUGAAAUGUGCCUCACAUCCAAGGGGAGAGAACUAACACGCAUCUCACUGGUUGCUGAAGGAGGCUGCUGUGUUAUGGAUGAACUUGUUAAACCUGACAACGAGAUUUUGAACUACCUAACCAGCUUCUCGGGAAUCACCAAGAAGAUUCUUAACCCAGUGACGACCAAACUCAAAGAUGUACAGAGAAGAUUAAAAGCACUGCUUCCUCCUGAUGCUGUGUUAGUGGGCCACUCUUUAGACCUGGAUCUCAGAGCACUGAAAAUGAUACAUCCAUAUGUUAUUGAUACAUCAUUGCUUUAUGUCAGAGAGCAGGGCAGAAGAUUUAAGCUAAAGUUCUUAGCCAAAGCUAUUUUGGGGAAGGACAUACAGUGUCCACACAGGAUUGGUCAUGAUGCUACGGAAGAUGCUAGGACAUCCCUUGAAUUGGCUCGCUAUUUCCUUAAAUAUGGCCCAAAGAAGAUUGCAGAACUAAAUCUGGAGGCGCUUGCUAGUCGCCAGGAAUUGCAUGCAGCAGGCCAAGAGCUGAGAAAUAAAACAGAAGUUGUUCAACAGCCAAACACAAGUGUUUUAGAAUGCUUGGACUCAGUGGGUCAGAAACUCCUUUUCUUGACCCGGGAGACAGAUGCUAGUGAACUUUCUUCUUCCAGAAACUGUCAAAGUAUUAAGUGCCUUUCAAAUAAAGAGGUUCUUGAGCAGGCCAGAGUGGAAAUUCCCCUGUUUCCCUUCAGCAUUGUCCAGUUCUCUUUUGAGCCAUUUUCACCCAGCCUCACUGAGGAGAUGAACAAAAGGAUGAGGGUCAAGUGGUCAGAGAUGUCAACUGUCUAUGUUGGGCCAUUUAGCAAAAAUUGCAACCUCAAGGUUCUGAAGAGGCUGUUUAAGAGCUUUGGCCCAGUUCGAUCAAUGACUCUUGUUCUUGAAACCCAUCAGCCUCAUCUCUGUAUCCAGUAUGAAGUCCUGGAAGCUGCACAGCUGGCCAUAGAGACCUUGGAUGGGGUUCUGGUAGAAGAUAUCUGCAUCAAGGUGCAGAGACCUGUGACAGAGCUUACCCUCGAUUGUGACACUCUCGUGAACGAGCUGGAACAAGAUUCUGAGAACCAAGGUACUAUCUACCUGUCUGGAGUGAGUGAAACCUUCAGAGAACACUUGUUGCAGCAGUCUACCCUCUUCUUCGGCCUGGAAGCUGUGAUCUUGCCUAAAGAUCUUAAAAGUGGAAAGCAGAAAAAAUACUGUUUUCUGAAAUUCAGAACUUUUGGCAGCGCCCAGAGGGCCCUCAACAUUUUCACGGGCAAGGACUGGAAACUCAAAGGCAGGCACGCCCUAACCCCCAGGCACCUCCACGCAUGGCUCAGGGGCUUGCCUCCUGAAUCCAGAAGGCCCCCAGGUAUUCGUGUCUUACCACCCCCCUCGGAGCAGCAGGCCUUACAGGUCCUGAAGAUGGAUCACCCGAAGAUAGCAGCCUGGCGCUGGGGCCGGAAGAUUGGAAAGCUCUACCACAGCCUGUGCCCGGGCACCCUUUGCCUCAUCCUACUACCAGGAACCAAGAGCGCUCAUGGAUCGCUCUCUGGCCUAGGACUGAUGGGAAUAAAAGACGAAGAGUAAAGUACCACCCCAAACAUGUCUUUGUGAGUCUGCCCACCACUUUCCACAAGCCAUUUUUUAUUCCUCCCAGGCAAUGGCGGAGAUUGUGGUCAGGCCACAGCCUCCCCAGGUCGCGAGUCCUCUUCAUCCAGCAGACAGCUCUUGCAGAAACUACUUAGUGUACCAGCUAAGGAGUCUAGUUCAUUUAUAUGGCAUGUACAAAUUUUCAAUAAAUGCCUAAAUUUCAAGCAUUCUUCCUCUUGAGACAGUGAGAGGAGGAAACCAGUUUAUUCUUUGUCAGUGGGUUUAUGUACACAGGUGUGGUAGUAGGUGCUUGUCCCAUGUGGCACUCCUAGUAAAU